GGCAGUCACCUUGAUAUCCUCGUGUUCACUCGCAAUCAACUGCUGCGCACCCGCCUAGGGCAAAUGGUCCCUAAAACAAAGCGUGGGCUUGUCAAGCUUCUCGGCGCCCUCUCUUUUCUUGUCCUUCUGCCUGUGAAUCGGUUUGGACACUUUUGCACCCUGGACUAUGGGCAGUCAUCUAUUCGUUUUGUCCAUGCACCGUCUACUGAUGACCAAACAAAGUCCAAAGCUGCCUGGGAUGGUGGUGUUCGCUUACAGCGUGUUAGCAAUUGCCUAAGUCAGGGUAAUGAUUUGACAUUGGUUGUCAUUGACUGGCAGCCUGCGCCUGAGAAGCCUGGUGGUCGCCCUGUCGAUGAACCGCCUACAGAGGACUGCUUGAAGAUUCCUGGUCUGGCUGACUGCGGCGUAAUCGUUCCUGAGUUCAUGGGUUAUACGCAGAGAUACGUUGUGUUUAAGAACUUGUUUGAGCCAAUGUACCGCGUUGUGGACAAGAUUAACAGGUGGAGAGCCAUUGUGUGCAAGGCCACAAAAGUCGAACCCUCGGCCCACCUGAACUCUCCACUGCCUUCCACCAGAACCCUCACACCAAGCGCCGCUCGGAGUCAUCUUAGCCUGCUGAACCAGGAAAUCCAUUGAAGCGGCAUUAAAUUAGCA